AUGGCGUAUCAUCCGGUUUAUACGGAAACCAUGUCGUUUGGAGGAUCAAGCCAUGGUCAGGGCCAACAAUCUGUGCCGUUCUCGACGAAUAACGGGUCGAUGAGGGUUUUGUUGUUACAUGGAAACUUAGACAUCUGGGUUAAGGAGGCGAGAAACCUCCCUAACAUGGAUAUGUUCCACAACAAGCUCGGCGAGAUGUUUUCUGGGUUUAGCAAGAAAUCCGCCAACAAAGCCGAAGGACAAAAGCCCUCUAAGAUCACCAGCGACCCAUACGUUACGGUCUCUGUCUGUGGUGCUGUGAUUGCCAGAACAUUCGUGAUCAAUAACAGCGAAAGCCCUGUCUGGAUGCAGCAUUUUGAUGUCCCUGUUGCUCAUAAUGCCGCCGAAGUCCACUUUGUAGUGAAAGACAAUGACAUUUUCGGCUCCCAGAUCAUUGGAGCUGUCGGAAUUCCAGCUGAGCAGCUCUGGUCGGGAAACAAGGUUGAAGGGUUCUUCCCCAUUCUUAACAGUAGUGGGAAACCUUGUAAACCAGGUGCUGUGUUGAAUUUGUCCAUUCAAUUCACACCAAUGGAGAGAAUGAGCCUUUACAAAAUGGGAGUAGGUUCUGGUCCUGACUAUGCAGGAGUUCCUGGUACAUAUUUUCCGCUAAGGAAAGGCGGUAGGGUAACUCUGUAUCAGGAUGCUCAUGUUGAUGAUGACUGUAUGCUGCCUAACUUAAACCUUGAUGGUGGAAUUCAGUAUAGACAUGGCAGAUGCUGGGAGGAUGUGGCCAGUGCCAUAAGUCAGGCUCGGAGGCUGGUUUAUAUCACGGGUUGGUCUGUUUACCAUCCGGUUAGGCUGGUUCGACGGAAUAAUGAUCCAACUGAUGGUAUAUUGGGUGAAUUGCUUAAAUCUAAGUCACAAGAAGGUGUGAGAGUGUUGCUUCUUGUGUGGGAUGAUCCAACCUCUAGGAGCAUUUUGGGCAUCAAAACGCAAGGAGUGAUGGGCACGAGCGAUGAGGAGACUCGUCGGUUUUUCAAGCAUUCUUCGGUGCAAGUUCUUUUAUGUCCUAGAUCUGGUGGGAAAGGCCACAGCUUUAUAAAAAAAUCUGAAGUUGGAACAAUCUACACACAUCAUCAAAAGACCGUGAUUGUAGAUGCUGAUGCAGGUCAGAACAGAAGAAAGAUCAUAGCUUUUGUUGGGGGGCUCGAUUUGUGCAAUGGACGAUAUGAUACCCCCAAGCAUCCUCUGUUUAGGACCUUAAGGACAUUGCAUAAAGAUGACUUCCAUAACCCGAAUUUUGUGACUACUGCGGAUGAUGGACCAAGGGAACCAUGGCAUGAUCUGCAUUCUCGAAUUGAUGGUCCUGCUGCCUAUGAUGUUCUUGCAAACUUUGAAGAGCGUUGGCUAAAAGCCUCGAAACCACGAGGACUUGGGAAGCUAAAGACAUCGCGUGAUGAUUCGUUGCUGAGGAUAGAAAGAAUUCCCGACAUUAUGGGGAUAUCCGAAAUUUCUUCUGCUAAUGAUAAUGAUCCAGAGUCAUGGCAUGUCCAGGUUUUCCGUUCAAUUGAUUCAAGCUCUGUCAAAGGGUUUCCAAAGGAUCCCAGAGAAGCUACAGGCAGAAACCUCCUAUGUGGGAAGAACAUACUCAUAGACAUGAGCAUACAUGCUGCUUAUGUUAAGGCCAUACGAUCUGCUCAACACUUCAUCUACAUUGAGAACCAGUAUUUUCUCGGGUCAUCAUUCAACUGGGAUUCAAACAAAGAUUUGGGUGCGAAUAAUCUAAUCCCGAUGGAAAUUGCACUCAAGAUAGCGAAUAAAAUCAGAGCGAGGGAGAGGUUUUCUGUGUACAUAGUUAUUCCAAUGUGGCCAGAAGGUGCUCCAACAAGUAACCCUAUUCAGAGAAUUCUCUUUUGGCAGCAUAAAACCAUGCAAAUGAUGUACGAAACCAUCUACAAGGCUCUUGUGGAGGUUGGUCUCGAUGGGCAGUACGAGCCACAAGACUUUUUGAACUUCUUCUGUCUUGGAACAAGAGAGGUGCCUGAAGGGACUGUUGCUGUAUAUAAUCCUCGGAAUCAAAAUCAGGCAAACCCUGUUCAGGUGCAAGCUUUGAAGAGCAGGAGAUUCAUGAUAUAUGUACAUUCCAAAGGAAUGAUAGUGGAUGAUGAGUAUGUCAUAAUAGGCUCGGCAAAUAUAAACCAGAGAUCCUUGGAAGGAACUAGAGACACCGAAAUAGCAAUGGGAGGGUACCAACCACACCAUACAUGGGCAAUGAAAGGUUCUCGUCCUCGUGGCCAGAUCUAUGGAUACAGAAUGUCGUUGUGGGCGGAGCAUCUAGGGUUUCUGGAGCAGGGUUUUGAGCAGGCAGAGAGCUUGGAGUGCGUGAGAAGGGUGCGGCAAAUGAGUGAGUUCAACUGGAGGCAAUUCGCUGCGGAAGAGGUGACAGAGAUGAAAGGUCAUCUCCUGAAAUAUCCGGUUCAGGUCGACAGAACCGGCAAAGUCAGGCCUCUUCCUGGCUGUGAGACAUUCCCAGAUGUCGGCGGGAAGAUCUUGGGAUCGUUUCUUGCUGUCCAAGAAAACCUCACCAUCUGAUCUGGUUCCCCAAGCUGGUGAGAUUCUUUUUUUAGUUGUCCAUGACCAUGUACAUGUUCUUCGGUCCUUUUUGGGCCUGUUUGCGUUCGGCCCAAUUAGAGCUUUGUCUAUUAUAGUUCAGAAACAUGUUUUUGGUUUCUUUUGAUAUUUUCGAUGUUUUUAUCUGUGUAAUUAAUUAUUUGUAACCGUUUUUAAUCUGUCAAAUCCUUUCUAUUAAUUACUAUA